AUGCCAAAAACGCUUCGCAUCGCAGUCAUCCCCGGCGAUGGCAUCGGCCAAGAAGUCAUGCCACACGGUGUGGCCUGCCUCGAAGCCGCCGCCCGGGCGCACAGCAUCCCGAUGGAGAUGAAGACCUUUGACUUUGCUUCGUGUGACUACUACGACAAGCACGGCACCAUGAUGCCCGAUGACUGGAAAGCGCAACUCGAGGGCUUCGACGCUCUCUACUUUGGCGCCGUGGGCAUGCCAGACCGCGUACCGGACAAUGUCUCCCUCUGGGGCAGUCUCCUCAAGUUCCGCCGCGAAUUUGACCAGUACGUCAACCUGCGCCCGUGUCGCCUCAUGCCGGGCGUCCCCUGCCCGCUCGCUGGGCGGAAGCCCGGCGACAUUGACUUUUGGAUCGUGCGGGAGAACACCGAGGGCGAGUACAGCAGCGUCGGCGGCACAAUGUUUGAGGGGACCGAACGGGAGACGGUGAUUCAGGACACGGUGAUGACGAGGGUGGGCGUGGACCGCGUCCUCCGGUACGCGUUUGAGCUGGCGCAGAGCCGGCCGAGGAAGAAGCUCACCAGCGCCACCAAGAGCAACGGGAUCAGCAUCACCAUGCCCUGGUGGGACUCGCGCGUGGCGGCCAUGUCCAAAAACUUUGCCGACGUGAGCGUGGAAAAGUACCACAUUGACAUCCUGACGGCGCACUUUGUGCAGCGACCCCAGAUCUUCGACGUCGUCGUGGCGAGCAACCUGUUUGGCGACAUCCUCUCGGACCUGGGGCCUGCCUGCACCGGCACCAUCGGCAUCGCCCCGUCUGCCAACAUCAACCCGACUAGCAUGUUCCCCUCCCUGUUCGAGCCCGUCCACGGCACUGCCCCGGACAUUUACGGCCAGGGCGUGGCGAACCCGGUCGGCAUGAUCUGGGCCGGGCAGAUGAUGCUGGAGCACUUUGGAUACAAGGAGGCGGCGUCGACGAUGCUCAAGGCUAUUGAGAAUGUGUUGGCGCGAGCUGAGAGCAGCGUCGUGACGCCGGACAUGGGUGGCCAAGGCAAGACCGAGGGGUUUGGCAAGGCCAUCGAGGCGGAGAUUGUCAAGCUCGGUGGGGUGACGUCGUAG